GCGGGGCUGGAGAGGCUCCCGGAGCAGACAAUGGAAGUCCCGGACCGCUAGCUGGGGAAGUGUCCAUGUGAUCGGUGCGGGUGGUCGGCGGGGACUCCCGCGGGUUAUGUCAGUGUGGACGUCAUGGAGCCCGUGCAGCAGCAGUCCUCGCCCCCCGUGCUGUGCUCCGUUGUGUCCGUGAAAAGUCACAGCUGCGAGGUGACCCUGGACCCCAGCCGGGCGCUGCUGUCCUGGAGAGAAGUGAGGCCCCGGCGGGGAAGGGGCAGCAGCCGAGCGGGUGCUUGCAUCACACGAGUCAUCCAUAGGGCACAAGGUCUGACAACCCAUCGAUUAUAUGCCGGUGGUCAUACUGUCCCUAUAUCUGAAAUUGUUUCGGUUGGAGAAGCUGAGAUUGAUGAGAAGUACUACCAAGGCAUGCAGUGGAAACACAUGUGCAAACCUCAUGCGUUUACAGUGCACUAUGUGCAGAGAAUGAAGAAGCACCGCUGGCGGUGCAAAGCCGUGACAUUCUGGUGCAGUGAUGAACUUUUGUGUUGCCACUGGUUACAAGCACUUAAUGAUCUACUUAAACAGCAGACAUGGAGACCAAAGCGUUUACUAGUCUAUAUAAACCCAUACGGUGGAAAGAAGAAAGGAAAACAAAUAUAUGAGACGAAAGUAGCUCCUUUGUUCAGCCUUGCCUCCAUUUCUACAGAGGUCAUAGUGACAGAAUAUGCAAACCAUGCUAGAGAUAACCUUUACGAGGCCAGUCUAGACAAGUAUGAUGGCAUUGUUUGUGUUGGUGGCGAUGGAAUGUUCAGUGAAGUGCUUCAUGGCCUCGUAGGCCGGGUACAAAAGGAUUCUGAUGUGGAUCAUAACAAUCCUAAAGUCCCAUUAUCUCGGUGCAAUAUGAGGAUUGGCAUUAUUCCUGCUGGCUCUACAGACUGUGUAUGCUUUUCAACUGUAGGCAUCAGUGAUCCGGUGACUUCAGCUUUGCACAUCAUUUUAGGGGAUUGUCAGCCACUAGAUGUAAGCUCUGUUCACCACAAAAAAAUGUUUCUUAAAUACUCAGUGUCACUCUUGGGCUACGGUUUCUAUGGUGAUGUGUUAAAAGGCAGUGAAAAGAAUCGCUGGCUGGGUCCAGCUAGAUACGACUUUUCAGGUUUCAAGACGUUUUUGUCGCACCGUUAUUAUGAAGGAACUGUCUCCUUUCAACCAGCACAGUGGGCUCUGGGAUCUCCAAGGGACAAAAUCUGCUGCACAUCUGGGUGCUACAUUUGCAGGCAAAGUAGCAAGCAUCUGGAGGAGCAACAGAGAGAGAGGAGCGGUGGGUUACAAAACAACGAACAAGAAGAUUGGACAACAAUCAAAGGAAAAUUCAUGGCGAUUAACGCGGCCAGCAUGAGUUGUGCUUGUCCGCGCAGUCCGAGAGGCCUGUCACCAGCAGCUCACUUGGCAGAUGGAACAGCUGAUCUUAUUUUAGUUCGCAAAUGCUCCAGAUUAAAUUUUCUUCGGCACCUUAUCAGACAUACAACCAGCAAUAGUGAUCAGUUUGAUUUUCCCUUUGUUGAUGUUUAUCGAAUUAAGAGUUUUCACUUUACACCAAAACAUUUUGAAGAGGAAGAUGCAGAAAGCACUGAUUUGGGGAUCAUUGGCAAAAAGAACUUUGCUCAGAUUUGCACAGACCACCCCUCGUGUGGGUGCAACCAACUGAACAGUUUGUGGAAUUGCGAUGGAGAAACUCUGGAGCAAACUGCCAUUGAAAUGAGGGUUCACUGUCAGUUGAUUCAAUUAUUUGCACGCGGCAUUGAGGAAUCUCCAAAAGAAGAAGAUAAAAACCCAAGCAGGGUUUAGAUGGAUGUUUGGUGCAUUUGCCAGCUGUUAUGUGGUGGUUUUGAUUAUUUAUUUUACAUUUAGAUAUCACCUACUUUGAAAGAAUAUUGUGGAACGUAAUUUAAUGUAUUGUAAGGUUAAAGUCGAUAUAAUUUAUAGUGAUUUAUUAACUAAUUCUCAUUUUGUGGCAUAGUUACAGCACUCAUUGUGUAGCCUUAAUAUUUGCUCCUAGUAUACUUUGAGGUGUUUCUAAAAUGGUUGCUUUUUCUUCUAGAUUUUGCAAAUUUACAUAUAUUUAUGCAUAGGCAGUUUUGAUGAUGGCUAUAGAAAAAAAUCUGAAUAGUAGACAUAAUUUACUAUGAUCUACUUAGAAUUUGUUGUCGUGCAAUAUUUUCAUAAAUUGAUUUUGCAGCAAGUGCUUUGACUAUUAGUCCAUUAUGACUAGAGCCAGAAAAUGAUAAUUUUCAUCCAUACUGUUAUGGACCUUUAUUAUAGUUUCUAAACAGAUUGCCAUGCUUUGACAAGUUGAGUAGUUGUAGCUAGCCUUUUUGUGUUUUUAAACUUUCCCAGCAUUUGUCUGAUCUAGUAUGGAGAUGUAGAAGAGGCUGUAGAAGAUAUUGAGAGGCUGUGCACAUAAAUCUGAUAAAAGCAUAGGCAGCGAGCCUCUUGCUGUUUACUUUCUAUAAAAAGCUCUUAAUGUCUUUUGGUUAAGCUGUUUGUGGAUUUUAUUUUUAUUUUUUUCAUUUUUAAGUACCAACAAAUUGUUGUGUACUGCUUCAAGUUCACCAGCAAACUGAAGUGCUUUCCUUAACUACUUUCCUCUAAAAUAUAGUUUAGUUAUCAUUAAGAGUUUUAUAACUUGUUUACCAGAGCUUUGAAUGAAGUGGUCCAAUAUUUCAGUUUGGUAGAAUUAUCAAAAACACGUGAAGAUAAAAGCAAUAACCGUUUCAGAUGAGAAAAGUCCGAACAUUUGACAUAUUACUGUUGUAAGACAUUCUAAGAUGUGUGACAUUUUUGAUUCUAAAGAUAUUGUAGGAUUUCUCAACAUAUUAAUAAAAAUUCUGCUAGUCCUAUUAAUGUGCUUGCUAACCUUUUGAAACAAUCACAAUGCCUUACCCUUGACUUGAUAGCUCCACAAGUAGGUCCAAUGAUGUGACUGGAAAAGGAAUCUUCAGUAACAUGAAAAUUUUUGGAUAUAGCUGGUACCAUGCAUCAUUUCUUCUGUUUCUUAUAUCUGCACUAGGAUGGAAAUGACUGAUUCAUAGAAACAAUUAGUUUGAAAAAAGUAUAAUAGAAAACAGUCACUAGAAAUGGGCCUUCCUUUUUCUAUGGUUUUGUUUUUCUAAAAUCGCUUCCAACAAACAAGAUAACAAUUUACAAUAUCAAGGUUUACAAUAUCCGCACAUAUACUCUUGAAUGCAGCCAUGUACAAAAACUAUUUUCCUUGAAUAGGUCAAAUUCCAAUUAUUUGUGAUCCAAUAUGAAGGCCACAAAUACAAUAUGAGUUUGGUCCUGGAGACCAAUAACAAGAUUUUUUUUACACUGUGUUGACCAUAGUGUGUGUUAGUCCGCAAUGAUUUCCCUGUCAUGCAGAGUGCAUCAGAUAAGGUACUAUUUUAGAGAGUGAAGCAGCAAAGAAUGAGCGUUCAUGAGUUACAGUAAAUUGCAAUGUAUUUCUUAUUAGAUUACAUUAAACACAACAUUUAUCCAUGAUGGUUGACAUUGACACAAUAGAUAUAUAGAGAGAUAUAUAUAUACACACACACACACCGUUUUUUUUCAGACUAUAAGACGCAGCGGUCUAUAAAAUGCAUCUAGGAUUCGUAGGAGGAUAAUGAGAAAAUAAUCUUUUCUUUCAGAACUCAGAUCAGACCCUCAUCAGACCCCAAACUCAAUCCUCGUCAGAUCCCCCCCAUCCUCCCAUCAGAAAUCCUCUAGCCUCCAUCAGACCCCCUAUGCCUCUGUCAGCUUCAGAUCCGACCCCCCCCCCCCAGCAUCCAGAAGCCUCAGAUCAGACCCCCGAUCAAACUCUGAUUAGACCACUCCAGCUUCCGUUACCUCAGAUAGCACCCUAGCCCCAUCAGACAUCAGAUCAGACAUUUCAAAAAAUUUAUUAAAUUUACCUUGUUUGCUCCGAACAGUGCAGCAUAUCCAGGAAUCACCACUCCAUUGGUCCUUCCGGGUCCCGCUCUAAACUUUUACCUGAUGGCCUACAUACGUGCACUAUGUCCUGCCCCUGUGCGCAGUCAGGACACCCCAGCAGGACUUGAAGAAGACCAAGCAAGGCGAGUACAGUCAGUACAGUGCAACCCUCACCUCCCUGUGCCUCCCACAUGCUACCAACUGCUUCCUUAGUAAAAGUGGUCAUUAGCAUUCAAAUUUUAAGCCUCACUGCUACUUUUACCCCAUUUUUUUGUGGAAAAAAGUGCAUCUUAUAGACUGAAACAUAUGGUGUGUGUGUAUAUAUAGCUAUAAAAAGGUGUUUAAUUCUGUCUUAAUACUUUGUAUUGUCAAUAUCUCCACAGUACAUCCACAUGCUGUAAUGUAAGAACGUAUUCGGUGAUGUGUAAUGCAUGUUCCUUGUCAUUUCAGUUUUAAUGUGCAACUCGGCAAUGCAAAACCAAUGAACAUUCCUGCUAUUUUUGAAUCAUAAAAAUAAAUAUUUUAGUAUGCAAAAAA